AUUGCAGUAAAUGUUAUUAGUAGUAAUUAGCGUUAUAUUAUGAAUUGGUUUAUUAUAAAGAAAACUUUUCGAGAGAUAUUUUAACAACUGAUAUCUGUUAAAAUAAACUUUAAGCUUAAAAUCUAUAAAAGUAUCGACAGUAAUCGUAUUAAAUUUAGUAUUUAACGGAAUUUAAGCCAGAAUAAGACUCAACUCGUAACAUAUAAUGAAAGUUUUUGUCAUAAUUGCCACAAUAGUGGCAUGUACUUAUGCGGCACCUACCGCAGACUUACAGCAUCCCAGUCCGGUUAAUCCUAAUGUUUUAGUGGAAAUAAAACCAGAAGAGAAAAUUAUUUUAAUAACUGAUCCCAAAGAGUUGGCUAAAUUUAAAAGAGAAACUAAACAACCAUUGUAUCCAACUAUUUUACCCGGAGAACGUGAACAUCAUAGAACUAAACGCCAAGUAUCACAAAAACUUGAAGAAUUCCAAAAUCCUCAAGAUUUACCAGCAGAAGCUGUAGCGUUAAAACCAAAAAACAAUUUUCAAGUUGAAACAAUAAAAAACAAUAAUGAUAAUAAAAAGUCUCAAGAAGAUCAGGAUAAAGAUGAAAAACCAAUAACAACUGAAGUUUAUCAAAAACCACAAGGUCUUCCAGCCAUAUUUUCUCCAUCAAAUAAAGCUAUACAACAGCAGAAACGUGACAUACCUAAACAUGAGCAUCCUGAAGAAUCUCCCAAAGAGACCAAUAAAAAAGAAAGUGAUAAAGAAAAUCCCGAUGAUCAGAAAGUUAAAGAAGUUUUUCAAAAACCUCAAGGUUUGCCAGCCAUAUUUUCACCACCAAAUGAUGCUGUACAACCACAAAAGCGUGAUAUUCCAGUGCCUUUAGUACCAAAGUAUAAUCAUCCUGAGGAGUCUCCAAAAGAAAACAACGAAAAGGAAGAUCAUAAUAACAAAAAAGAAGAAGAAGAAGAACCAUUACCCGCUCACAAUGAAGAUCACGUUACAACUGAAGUAUUACAAAAACCUCAACUACCUCCUUUAAUUUUAAAAGAUAAUCAUAAAGACAAUCAACAUAAACGUGAUAUACCAGUACCUUUAGUUCCAAAGUAUCAUCAUCCUGAAGAAUCUCCCAAAGAAAGCAAUGAAAAAGAAGAUAAAGAUAAUAAGAAAGAAGUUAAUUUAGAAAUUCAUGAUGUUCCUCAGACAUUACCCGCUCAAAAUAAUGAUCACGUUACUGUUGAGGGAUUCCAAAAACCUCAAACACUUCCUUUAUUACUCAAAGAAACUCCUGAAGAAACUCAACACAAACGUGAUAUUCCAGUACCUUUAGUUCCAAAGUAUCAUCAUCCUGAAGAAUCUCCCAAAGAAAACAAAGAAAAAGAAGUCAAUUUAGAAAGUCAUAAUGUUCCUCAGACAUUACCAGCUCAUAAUAAUGAUCACGUUACUGCUGAGGGAUUCCAAAAACCUCAACCAAUUCCUUUAUUACUAAAAGAAACCCCUGAAGAAACUCAACACAAACGUGAUAUACCAGUACCUUUAGUUCCAAAAUAUCACCAUCCUGAGGAGUCUCCAAAAGAAAGCAACGAAAAUCACGAAGAAAAAAAAGACGUUAACACUGAAAAUCACCAUAAGCCUCAAACAUUAGAAACUCACAACCAGGAUCAUGUCGUAACUGAAGGCUUGCAAAAACCUCAAAUAUUACCUCUUCACUUAAAAGAGACUUCUGAAGACACAAAACAAAACAAGCGUGAUAUUCCAGUUCCCCUAGUACCUAAAUAUCACCAUCCUGAGGAAUCUCCCAAGGAAAGCUACGAAAAAGAAGUUAAAACUGAAAAUCUUGCAGCUCAAACAUUACCAGAUCAUCAUCACGAACAUGUUGCCCCAGAAAGUAAACAAAAGCCUCAAACGCUUCCACUUGUCUUAAAGGAAACUUCUGAUGACUCCAAACAAAAUAAGCGCGAUAUUCCAGUACCUUUAGUGCCUAAGCACCAUCAUCCCGAGUCCUCUCCCAAAGAAAAUAACGAAAGGAAAGAAUUACAUGAAGAUAAGAAAGAAGUUAAUUUAGAAAACCCGCUGCAACCUCAAACAGCUGCCAAAGAAUCCAAUGAGGAUCCACAAGAACAAAAACAUAAUGUUUUGGAUGCUAAAGGUGAAUUAGCAAAGGACAAAAGUAACGAAAAGAAACCACACGAGGAGAAUUCACAACAACACCACCACCACCACGAACAGCAUGUUAAUUUUGAAGACAUUCAUAGACCUCAAUUUUUAAUCAAACAUCAAGAGCAUAUUAACCAAAAUGAUAACGGUAAGAGUGAAGAUGGUGUAAAACCACAUCACAUAUCUCAAACAUUACCCGGACAUAUUCAUAAACAUCUUGCCACUGAGGGAUUGGCAAAUUCUCAAAUUCUACCAGCUCCCAAUCAGGAACGCACAAUAUCUACAGCUGCUCUAACCCAUUUACCCACCCACUUUCACCUUGAUGAUUUAAAGAAACCGCCUUCUCAUCAGCACGAAGAAGAGAAAAAAGCCACUGAAGAUCAUCAUCCAAAUAAACAUGAAGUACAAGUGGAGGAUCUUUCAGAAUCUAAACCAUUUCAACAACCUAUCCAUCAUGUAAUGACCAUGCAAGGAGAUCACAAGCCAAAUAUUCUAGAUGAUCAUUUAAGUGCUCGUGAUUUCACAACUUCAACUACUACAGUUAAUCUUUUUGCCAGAAGCCAUGGUAAUUAAAAGUGUAAACUAUGAACUGGUUUAAUAAUUAUGAAAUAUGAUGAUGCUAAUUAUUAGAGACAACUAUACACAUUUUGUGCAAUCACAUUGAUCUGGGUUAAUUUGUGUAUUGGAAUCGAGCCAUUCAAUACGAAUAGAAAAUAAUAUGUAUUUAUUUGUUUAAAUUAUUUUUGAUAAUAAAUCGCGAAAUAAAUGUAUUUUUAAUAAAAUAUA